AUGGGAGGCAUUGCCCCGCAAACUAUUAUAACUGAUCAAGCUCAAGGAAUGGGAAUUGCUAUUAGAGAAGUGAUGUCUGGAACUAGACAUAGACUGUGUCAAUGGCACAUAUCCCAGAAUGCCCCAUCUCAUUUGGGCUCACUUAAUAAUGAUAAAGGUUUUUCUAAACUUUUCAACAAGUGUAUGUCAGAAUGUGAUUCUAUUACUGAGUUUGAAGAAACCUGGGAGAUGAUGCUUACAAUGUAUAAUAUAGAAGAACAUAAAUGGUUGAAGAAUCUUUACAAUAUUCGACACAUGUGGUCCACAGCUUUUAAUAAUGAUGUCUUUAGUGCUGGAUUGAAAGCCUCAUCUCGAAGUGAAAGUACUAAUCAUGUAUUAAACGGGCUUGGUGACUUGAGCACUUAUUUGCACAUAUUUGUCACUAACUAUGAGAAAAAUGCAGUAAAUAAGUGGCGGCUGAGUGAAGAACAUGAAGACUUCAACUGUAAACAAGGUAGACCUACUCUUGCUGUAAAAGGUAGUCCAAUUUUAGCUCAGGUUUCUAUCGUCUACACUCACAAGAUUUAUAACAUGUUUGAGAAAGAGUUUCUCAAAGGAGCCGGGGCAUGUUAUAUUGAGGCACAAGUAUAUUGUGAUGAUCAAGUGUCCAAAUAUGAAGUAAGAAUGCAUAAUUCAACCAAGAAUUGGUUUGUGGAGUUGGAUUCCACAACUUUACAUGUGACAUGCACUUGCAAGAAGUUUGAAUCUGUGGAGUGUCGAGAAAUUUUUCAAAGACAUCUCGAAAAUGCUUCAGAUGAAUUGGAUGACUAUCUAGGCAAAUUGGACAACACUACUGUUCAUUCUUCAGCAAAAAAUGGUAAGAAAAAUAUAGAAGACAAGGAUACUGCUUUUGACUUGGAUUUGGAUGACUCAAAUGUCUCAAUUUUAACCUUGUUACAAGGUGUUGAGAAUACUACACAGCCAAGGAAAGAUGUUGCAACUUGGCAUCUCCUCAAUAGGAACACAGAGAGCCUUCAGGCUUUCUGGAAUAAGAAUCAUGUAUGA